GCGCAGGGCCCAGUUCUGCAGGGCCAGGGGUCCCGGCUCCCAAGAGCCCCCGCGCGCGGUGCAGGCUGGGGGAACAUGGCCGCUUCCGGUCUCGCACUGUGGCUGGCGCUAGGCUGACCACGGCCGAGGUCCUGUGCGCUCCUCCCUGUGCAUCUCUCACCCGCGGCCGCAGAAGGUGCAGCGGCCUCCUGUUCUCGCGCCAUGGAGAAGAGCUCUAGCUGCGAGAGUCUCGGCGCUCAGCCCCCGGCGGCACGGCCACCUAGCGAGGACUCACUGUCCAGUUAAUGUGUUAAGAGCCAUUGACAUUUGAAGAUCAUCAGAAGUGAAGAUAAAAGAUCUCAAAAAUUAUAAUUGCUUCUACUUCUCAUUCAGAGAACUCGGUGCACACCAAGUCAGCUUCUGCUGUGUCUUCAGAUUCCAUUUCAACUUCUGCAGACAACUUUUCUCCUGAUUUGAGGGUCCUGAGGGAGUCAAACAAAUUAGCAGAAAUGGAGGAACCAAGCCUGCUUCCAGGAGAAAACAUUAAAGACAUGGCCAAAGAUGUGACUUACAUAUGUCCCUUCACUGGUGCCGUACGGGGAACGCUGACUGUCACAAAUUACAGAUUAUAUUUUAAGAGCAUGGAACGGGACCCCCCUUUUGUUCUAGAUGCUUCUCUUGGAGUGAUAAGUAGAGUAGAAAAAAUUGGCGGUGCAUCUAGCCGAGGUGAAAACUCUUAUGGCCUGGAGACUGUGUGCAAGGAUAUCAGGAAUUUACGAUUUGCUCAUAAACCAGAGGGGCGAACAAGAAGAUCCAUAUUUGAGAAUCUAAUGAAAUAUGCAUUUCCAGUAUCUAAUGGCUUGCCUCUUUUUGCUUUUGAGUAUAAAGAAGUAUUUCCUGACAAUGGGUGGAGACUGUAUGACCCCCUUCUAGAGUAUAGAAGGCAGGGAAUUCCAAACGAAAGCUGGAGAAUAACAAAGAUAAAUGAACGCUAUGAACUUUGUGACACAUAUCCUGCCCUCUUGGUUGUGCCAGCAAACAUUCCUGAUGAGGAGCUAAAGAGAGUGGCAUCUUUCAGGUCACGGGGUCGAAUCCCAGUUUUAUCCUGGAUUCAUCCUGAGAGUCAAGCCACAGUCACCCGCUGCAGCCAGCCCAUGGUGGGGGUGAGCGGGAAGCGCAGCAGAGAGGACGAGAAAUACCUUCAGGCCAUCAUGGACUCCAACGCCCAGUCACACAAAAUAUUUAUAUUUGAUGCUCGGCCAAGUGUCAAUGCUGUUGCCAAUAAGGCAAAGGGAGGAGGUUAUGAAAGUGAAGAUGCCUAUCAAAAUGCAGAACUCGUUUUUCUGGAUAUUCACAAUAUUCAUGUUAUGCGAGAGUCAUUACGGAAGCUUAAGGAGAUUGUGUACCCCAACAUUGAGGAAACUCACUGGUUGUCUAAUUUGGAAUCUACGCACUGGCUGGAACACAUUAAGCUCAUCCUUGCUGGUGCUCUUAGGAUUGCUGACAAGGUGGAGUCAGGGAAGACGUCUGUGGUGGUGCACUGCAGUGAUGGCUGGGAUCGUACAGCUCAGCUCACUUCCCUGGCCAUGCUCAUGUUGGACGGAUACUAUCGAACCAUCCGAGGAUUUGAAGUCCUCGUGGAAAAAGAGUGGCUAAGCUUUGGACAUCGCUUUCAACUGAGAGUUGGCCAUGGAGAUAAGAACCAUGCAGAUGCAGACAGAUCCCCUGUCUUCCUUCAGUUUAUCGACUGUGUCUGGCAGAUGACAAGACAGUUCCCUACUGCGUUUGAAUUCAACGAAUAUUUCCUUAUUACUAUCCUGGACCACUUGUACAGCUGUUUAUUUGGGACCUUCCUCUGUAACAGUGAACAGCAGAGGGGGAAAGAGAAUCUUCCUAAGAGGACAGUGUCAUUGUGGUCCUACAUAAACAGCCAGCUGGAAGAUUUCACUAAUCCUCUUUAUGGGAGCUACUCCAACCAUGUCCUUUACCCAGUGGCCAGCAUGCGCCACCUAGAACUCUGGGUAGGCUAUUACAUAAGGUGGAACCCCCGGAUGAAACCACAGGAACCUAUCCACAACAGAUACAAAGAACUUCUUGCCAAAAGAGCAGAGCUUCAGAGAAAAGUAGAAGAACUUCAGAGAGAAAUUUCCAAUCGCUCAACCUCCUCUUCAGAGAGAGCCAGCUCUCCUGCACAGUGUGUGACUCCUGUCCAAACUGUUGUAUGAAAGGACUAUUAGGCCAGGGGCAUCGUUGCCAGGAAUUCAACAUUACAGCACCUUAGCAGGCUUAGGGUAGAAAGCCUUCUGUGUUUUAAACCCAUCUAUGGGAGAAACCUUCAAAUGCUGUAUUUAUUUCAAGUCUCUCUUAGAUGAGUUUAGAAACGUCCGGUGCAGGUGACAAUGGAAAUCAUUUCAUUUGUAAUUAAAGUAUGACACUAAUCUUAAGUCACCCAAAGAAUACUAAAGUACUGGAAUCCUGUAUCCACCAUGGGAACAAGUUUUUAAUGUCUUAAAAAACUGAGCACCUGUUCUUAUACCCAAGAGCAUAUGUGCUGGGCCUUGUUGGACAUGUCAGAUCAAAAUCACCCUUUUCAAAUUUCCUAAUUUUUGUGGUAUUUAAUAUAGAAAUUAUUAUGGCGUAUCAGUAGUUAUAAACAGCAGUUACUAAAGGAUGAUGCCUUAUAUGUGUGCUUGGGGGAGGGGAGGUGAAGGGACAAAGCAGUAGCUGUUAUCCAGGAAUUCAAAGAGCAUUCCAUUUGUAUGCUUAUCGCUAACAUCAAGACAUUUUAGAAACCAUUACACCACUUUAUCUUAAUGCUAAUUGGCAAGUUUUAAGACAGUAUUUUAAAACCUUAAAAGUCUGACUUUAGUGCUAUGUUUAAAUUUCACAUGAACACUUUACCAAAGAACACACUGCAUGUAAAGACUUACAAUCUCAGUACCAGCAAGUAAAGCCUUGUUUCUCUACUCACCGGAGUUGGGUGCUGGUGUGAACAACUGACCUCCUGGUGUCUAUUUUACUCUGUAUAAGAGCCAUAUGUAAUGUACUGUAACAAAGGAGCUUAUUACCAUUGCGUCUUUUAAUUAAAUGCUUUCAAACUUUG